UUCGAUGAAAUACCAUAAAACUUAUCAAUAUUUAAUAACAUUUUUAAAAAAACAAACGCUUAACAAAAAAAAAAAAUACUAUACUUACUUACACAUAAAUGGUAAAUAAAGUCAAAAUAUCUCAUCCAUACAUCGAUUAUAUACAGAGCGAGUUGGAGAUAGCUUGUGUGGAAAUCAACGACGGACACGUUUGGAAGGAUUUAAAUAUACCGUCUAGGAUCCUUAAGACGUGUUCGAUUUGUGGAGUACGAAACGUGUGGCCGUGGAUCACUACAAUAAAGUGUAAGGAAUGUAAGAUGGUUUGUCAUCGGCAAUGUUUGGCCGUGAUUGAAGAGAAAAUAUGUCCUUUGCUCGUCAACCAUUACGGAGAAAAUGUAUCCACAAUCUCUAAAUCGAAUAACGAAUCGCCAUCCGCUGUCAUGAUCACGGGUGAAAUUGACGACGACGUUGAGGUGGCCAUAUACGAUUACGACAAUGGUGGUUGUUAUGCUAAAAAAUCGUCGUCGGCCUCAAACGCAGCGCUCUGUCCGCUCGUCGACCGCCCGCGAAGCAGGAAAUCGUGUCUUGACCCUAAACACGAAUCGCCAUUUCUUUUAGAAUUAAGAUGAAAUAAAGGUUUGAAUUAAGCUGAUCCUAUGGAUGAAGGUUGAUAAUGUAUGUACAUUAUUGCUUUUGAAUAAUUCACAUCGUGUACUUAAAGAAAUAUGACGUUAUUUGCAAUUAUUGAGUAUACCUAUUUAAAAUCUAAAUAGUAAGAACCGGUCGGCAAUAUAUAUAUAAAAUUAUGUCAAGUUCAGUUAUUACAUGAAUAAAUGCUCUGUAAUAAUA